AUGAAGGUUGAAGAAUCAGUGAAGCUGUUGAAUAUGAUGGGAGAAAGAAUCUUACCAGGGAGUUAUUUUCAAUACCCUCCACCUGGUUUUCCUUCUGUUUCUCCUCAUAGACCUUCAUCUAUUCCUACAGAUCUUGAAAGGGUGUACAUAAGAGGCAAAGGUUCUGUCAAGGAUUCUGUUAAGGAAGAGAAACUAAAAGAUAAACCUGGAUUCGAACACCUUAAUGAGCCAUUGCAUGUGUUGGUGGAGGCUGAACUUCCCAAAGAUGUGAUAAAUUCUCAGGCAAAGGUUCUGUCAAGGAUUCUGUUAAGAUGCUUGAAAGAAUUUGGUUUUGUGGUGUGGGGGUUGAAGGGCUUGAGUAGUAGAAGAGUCAAACCAAAAGUUACUUUCAAGUCGAGAUGCCUCAAGUGCUUUUGGAGGAUAAUUGACCAAAUUAUCCUGUCUUCUCCCCCAAAUGUUCUUUCCCCUCUGCCGGUUCCCCAAACGUUCUUUUCCCUCUGCUGGUUUUUUGGAGUUGUAUACCCAAUUUUUUUCCCCAUUUUCGGCUUUCAAAGCUCUUUCCUAAUCUUUGUUCCUCUUCCGCAGUCACAGUCUGUUGAUGUAUUCCCAAAGAAGGCUUUGGAAAGUUUGAGGGAUAUCAAGGAUAUUGGUGCUGUUCUUCUGGAACUAUCCAAGGAAUUUAACAUCGAUAGAUUCCUUGCCAUACAGUUGGAAGCUCUGGUUGAUCAAAGUUCUUAUGAUGACUCAUAUCAUCUUGCUUUAAUAUCAGUAAUAGAUUCAGUUCCUCUGAGGAAUUUAGUGGAUCCUAUUGUCUCGAAGAUUCUACUAACCUGCAUGAAAUUAUCUGAGAGGGAUGGAAAAUUGGUAUCUUCUGAAUCAAUAACCUGGGCCAAGAAUGUUUUAGCUACUAUUAAUAAGAAUUAUCCAUCGCAAUUUCAUGGAGCUGCUCACGAGUUCCUAGAGGAUGCCAAAGUACAAUCCAAGAAAGAAGACACUGUGUGUGAGUUCUUGAGUAAAAUAUUGGACGGGAAUUUAAAUUUAUCAAUAGCCUUCUCAGAGUCCAAAAUCUGGUUUGCAUCACACCAUCCUAAGCGUUACAUUUCAGCAUGAAAAAGAGUCAAACAUAGAGCAGGUGGAGCAAAUGCAAGCUAUGGAGAAGAAUCUAAUCCGGAUGGCAAAAAAGUUGAAAAGCUACGCGCUGAAGUCUUGAGUGCUGAGAAGAAAAUGCAUGGAACGGUACCAUAUGCUAGUGGCUACAUGAAUCCUGAUCCUUCAUAUGCACCACCUUUUCAAGGUGGCACCACCUAUUCUGAUGGCUACAGUCGGCCUAUAAUGCAGACGGAUCUUGGGCCAGUAGAGGGCUUAAUCCCUUUUGGUAAUAGUACCAAUGUUCCAGCUGCUAUUGCUACAACCGGUAGUAAAACUGUCCCUAGCUUAGUUUGGGGAGCACCCUACGAUCCAUCAUUUGCUCAGAGGUAAACUAGGGGAAGCUGCCUUGAAAGCCUCGCCUUGACCCUGGAUUGUUAGCUUUAUGCUAUUAAAGAUAUCAGCAGUUAAUAAAGCACCACAGAUUACAAUAUGGGCAUUCCAUAUUUUACCCUCAAAUUAGCAUCUUAGUAUCCAUUGCACACUAAACUGUUCAAUUGAAAACUAUGUUUGCUUUUAGAAUAGGAGAAAGGUGAAAGAAUUAGAUCUUCCUUGCAUUUGAAGCAAUUACAAGAUGAAUGGCAUAGUAGUCUCCAACUUUUGCGCCUGUAUAUAUGAUUUCUGGAUAUAAUAUUUAAUAAUUCUAAGUAUUUUAUUUUA